AUGGCCGUCAGUAACGAUGACAUCAUCAUGGAGCGGUCAACACGUGUUGGACUGAAACGUAUCGGGGACCAUCAGCUGAAGUCCGUCAUGGAGCGGGUCCUGGACUUCGCGCUGCGCGAGCUGACCAAGAUCGUGGAGGCGUCGUUCGACGACCUCCUGCUGGAAAUCACCAAGAUGGAGAAGGAGCAGGCGGGGCUGGAAGAGCAUCUGGGGAGGAGCUUCGAGCGCCCGGGGGGAGGAGACAAGGGGAGGGGAGGAGCAGGCGGGAGGAGGCGGGGCUCUGAAAACGACUCGGUGUCUCCGAGUGGUUCCUCUGAGGACACCCGCGAGGAGCCGGCAGAGGAGUCUAAAGAGCCGGCGCCGCCAGAAAACCUGGAGCGUCCCCCUGUCCUCUCCGUCUCUCAGGACUGGGUUCCGAUUCUGGACAAAGUCUUUGGUCAGAAGUGGUGCAGUGACGUCUGGCAGGUCAAAGAAGGUGUCAGUGUCAGUGGGCGGGGCCUAGGUGAAGGAGGGGGGCACCAUGUUGAUCUAGUCUCCGCACCCUCGGUGAUUCUCCAGCCCUCCCCCUCCUCCCCCCAGCAAGAUCCCCGUUGGACUCCCCUGGAGGACAUGGAGGUGUUUUCUCCUGACGAUGAGGAUCCUGCAGACACUGUCGCCCCUCCUCCACCUGGACCCUCACCUGGACCUCGACCCGGACCCUCACCCGGACCCUCACCUGGACCCCCCCUCAGCCCGUCAGGCCGCCGCUCCUCUGCCUCGAUGCUUCAUCGCCUCCUCACGCUGCCGUCUCAGCUGCUGGACGAAGACGAGGACGAAGCCGCUGCCGCCCAGGAGACGCUGGCCGCGCUGGCGACCAAUGGCAGCAGCGACCAGCGGGACGAGCUGGACCCGCCGGGUCUGAGCAGGAGGGAGGAGGAGGAAGAGGAGGAGGAGGAAGAGGAGGAGGAGUGGGACAAAGGGAGGAAGAAGAAGCGGCGGCGAGUCUGGUCCGAGUGCGAGGAGUGCGGGCGGCGGUUCAGCCGGAUGUCUCUCCUGAAGGCCCACCGGCAGACGCACGCCGCCGGAGACUCGGGCGCCGCAGACGCCUCGUCGCCCUCGUCUCCGCCCUCCGGUGCCACCGCGCCGCUGAGCUGCUCCGAGUGCGGCAAGAGGUUCUCCUCCAGCACGCGCCUCCACAGCCACGUCCGGACCCAGCACCCCGAGAACCGGUCCUGAUCCACAUCCAGACCAAACACCCCGAGAACCAAUCCUGAUCCACAGCCACAUCCGGACCAGCACCUCGAGAACCGGUCCUGAUCCACAGACGCAUCCGGACCCUGCACCCCGAGAACCGGUCCUGAUCCACAGCCGCAUCCGGACCCAGCACCCCGAGAACCGGUCCUGAUCCACAGCCGCAUCCGGACCCAGCACCCCGAGAACCGGUCCUGAUCCACAGCCACGUCUGGACCCAGCACCCCGAGAACCGGUCCUGAUCUACAACCAACCGCCAAUGAGGAACCGCAGACAGCACGCUGAGGCUUUUACUCUGAAAGGCUACAGGAAAUAUCUUUUUAUGCAACAGAAGAAGUGACAGACCUCGUUUCAUGAGCCUGUCACCACAUCAGAACCAGAUCAGAGUUCUGGUUCUGAUGUGGAAACUGGAUCCGCACAAAAAAACACAAAAAGCAAAAAGCUCAGCCAAAGUUUUUUUUUUUUUUUACAGAUCGAAGAGUUUUUAUGAAUUGAAACUAAUUCCAGGGUUUUAACAUAAACCAGACUGGACCCAAUCAGAGGACCAGAACUUGAGGUCCGGAUCUGAGGAGACGGGUUACUGAGCUGCAGGUACCGAUCCGGUUCUUGAUCGAUUGAACUUCUCCACAGAACGGAAACAUUCGGAUGAUUUCAAGAUGGGAACACGAGAAAACCUCAGACCUGAAGUCCGGUUUCUGAGUGGAACCAGAACCGUGAAGGUUUCUGAGUGGAACCAGAACCAUGAAGGUUUCUGGGCUGCAGUUUAUUUGAGUAAAAAAAAAAAA